AUGAUGCCCGAGUUUCUCGAGAGCCAGGAGACCAUUGAAUGGCUUGGUUGGACUCCCGAUAAAGCUGCUGAAAUAUGGGACGCUUGGAAGAUAACAAAAUCAACAGAGGAUCAGCAGGGAACAAUCUUCGAGGUCGAGUUUAUCAGCAAAGUUUUAGGAUAUAUCCCUCGCCAGGUUCUCGAGGAUAGCUCCAGCGACUGGGAGGAGCAUAUGAGGGUUUGGGGAAUAAGUGAGGAGCUUAUUGCUGCAAUAAUGGAUGUCGAGUUUACGGACGUAAGAUGCACAAAGUCAGCUCAGUAUUGGGUAACCGAAACCAUGGAAAUAAGAUACCUAAGUUUGGAAAGAAUCAAGGAGGAAAGCGAUCAGAGGACGAUCAACAACCAUACCAUUAAUCCUAGUGUUGCAAGUAGUGCGGUACCACGAAACACAAGAGUCCCGGGUCUUCAAACCUUGUUCAAAGCCAUCUCGACAGAGAGGUUGAAAUACAGGGAUGGCAAGAUUAAUGUUGGCUCUCUAGUGAGUGAGGGAGCGACUGAUUUUCGAGGCUACGGAGCGGCACUAUAUUUCGCACCUGACUAUCAGGUUGCGGAUCAGUAUCGACAAUACAUCAGAAGACGAGCGGAAACAACACGUGCGCUAGUGAUUCAAUUGACCCUACCAAAUUCAUGGAUAGAGGCACUCCCCCCCCCGUGUGAUGGAAUUCGGCGAUCUUUGGAAAAGAGUGGUACAUACCUGUCGCCAAGGCUACGAUAUGACCGGAGACAUGAAAUUUAUUCACAAUUUGCCCUCAUCAUCGCGCCAAUUGCGCACUCGCCCAACAAGGCUAUUGCCAGACUGGAAAAUGGGAGGAAGUGGGCAUUCGGCACGUCUUGA